AUGCAGCUUGAAAUCCAAGUAGCACUCAAUUUUAUUAUUUCGUAUUUGUACAAUAAGCUUCCCAGGAGACGUGUCAACAUUUUUGGUGAAGAGCUUGAAAGACUUCUGAAGAAGAAAUAUGAAGGGCACUGGUAUCCUGAAAAGCCAUACAAAGGGUCAGGGUUCAGAUGCAUACACAUGGGGGAGAAGGUGGACCCCGUGAUCGAACAAGCAUCCAAAGAGAGCGGCUUGGACAUGAGCGAUGUUCGUGGCAACUUGCCACGGGAUCUCAGUGUGUGGAUCGACCCGUUCGAGGUUUCCUACCAAAUCGGCGAGAAGGGACCAGUGAAGGUGCUCUACGUGGAUGACAAUAAUGAAAACGGAUGCGAGCUGGAUAAAGAGAUCAAAAACAGCUUUAACCCGGAGGCCCAGGUGUUUAUGCCCAUAAGCGACCCGGCCUCGUCCGUGUCCAGCUCUCCAUCGCCUCCCUUUGGUCACUCUGCUGCCGUCAGCCCCACGUUCAUGCCCCGCUCCACUCAGCCUUUAACCUUUACCACUGCCACUUUCGCUGCCACCAAGUUCGGCUCUACCAAAAUGAAGAACAGUGGCCGAAGCAACAAGGUUGCACGUACUUCUCCCAUCAACCUUGGCUUGAACGUGAAUGACCUCUUGAAGCAGAAAGCCAUCUCGUCCUCAAUGCACUCUCUCUAUGGGCUGGGCCUGGGCAGCCAGCAGCCGCAGCAGCAGCAGCAGCCGCCAUCCCAGCCGCCGCCGCAGCAGCAGAAAGCCUCUGCGCUCUCUCCUAACGCCAAGGAAUUCGUUUUUCCUAAUAUGCAGGGUCAAGGUAGUAGUAGCAGUGGAAUGCUCCCAGGUGACAGCCCCCUGAGCCUCAGUCCUCUUCAGUACAGUAAUGCCUUUGAUGUGUUUGCGGCCUACGGAGGCCUCAACGAGAAGUCUUUUGUAGAUGGCUUGAAUUUUAGCUUAAACAACAUGCAGUAUUCUAACCAGCAAUUCCAGCCAGUUAUGGCUAACUAA